AACCAUAUUAUAAAAGAUCCAAUAAUAUUCACAAUGAUAAUUGAAGCGAUUAAACCAAGCGUUAUCUUAAUUAUCGCAAAAUACAUCGAAUAAUAUCAUGGAAGCAUGGUAGCCGACAAAAUCCAUUAAUGGAAAUGAGGUGAGCCAGGAAACCCCCUGACGUACUACUAGUAAAAUGUGACGUGUUAUGACGUACCGGUAAUGGCCAAUCCGCAUGCGCAGACGACCACUUACAAACCACUUACGGGAUGGCAGUGUGUCGACGAUCUCUCGUGAUAUUUCGUUUAUUUUUUAAAGAUGUAUGUGACACGAAAAGCUACAGAUUCUGCUCUUCAGCCGUGCCUUCACAGCCUGCACCUAAACUUAAGGAUACCUUGGAAGAUUCUUCAAAAUCCCCACAUGAAACACUUCUAAGAAAUUUUGGCAAUGUCAUGCGACGAGUACCCUCACCAGUUAUAGUUUUAACUACAUCAAAUGAUACAGCAAAAAGAGGAAUGACUUGUAGUUCAUUUACUAGUGUAUCAUUCAAACCACCUAUCAUAUCAGUCUGUGUUCAUGACCCAAGUCCCAUGCAUGAGCUGUUACUGAAGACCCAAAAGUUUGCUAUCAACAUAUUAGCAAAAGAUCAGGCACAUUUUGGAAGUAGAUUUUCAAAGCCAUUUAGUGAAAAUACAGACCAGUUUCAUAAAAUACCAUGCAACAGCUCGUCUAUGGGUUUACCAAUUCUGAAAGGUGUGGCCGGAGUAUUAGAAUGCAAAGCACAUCAUGUACAUGCUGUAGGAGAUCAUCAUGUAUGGUAUGGUGAAGUAGUUGAGGCAAGUGAAGAACUCACAGAUGAGCCAUUACUCUACUGGGAAAGAUCGUAUCGAUCUGUAGGGGAUGAGAUUUUUAUGAAAGCGUUUGAGGAAACCACUUUAUUGUUUGACGAUUGGGAUCAUGCAGCUCACUUACGAAUGGCAUGGAACUACAUUAAACAACAUGGUAAAGAUGACGCUACACCGCUCAUCAAAAUGGGAAUUAAAAAAUACAAUGAAAAAAACAUGGACAAGAUUCAACGUGGUUAUCAUGAAACAGUCACUAUAUUCUAUAUUCAUCUUGUUGCUGAUGCAAUCAGAAAGUGCAAUCAGUGCCAACCAGAAAUGACAUUUGAAGAGUUUCUAGAAAUGCAGAGUCAGCUAAGUGAUCGCCGUCUUGUAAAUCAGUACUAUUCACCAGAAACAAUCAACUCAUGGGAAGCGUCUGCGAGCUUUAUUCCUCCUGACAGAAAACCACUGCCGAAAUAG